UAGGUGGAUGUACGAAAAUAGCAUAGCGCGGUGGGCAACGGUGGCUGGAAGAGGGUCUUGGUUGCUUUUCAGCAUUUGAGCUUACUCGAGUUCAGUGUGUUCCACCUUCGGGAGACCGGCUCGUAACGCAAGUUACACUUAAGUAGUAACAAGAAAUUAUAAAGGAAGUGAACGAUGGCGGGCCAGGGGCCAAAGUUCGUGAACAAGCAGUUCAACUCACCCAUCAAACUCUACUCUCCGCAGUCGGUGCAAGAGACACUCGAACGCCAGACUCAAGUUCUAUCCAACGGUGCUGUCGGUAUCGACUUCAACCAGUUGGCCAAGCCGGCAAAUCUGCAGAACAGCGCCGUUCUUCGCAUGCUCGAAGAAGAGGAAGCCAGACAACGCAACGGUGGACAACCGAGUUUAAAACGAGUGGCUUGGCCUCCACCGCCGGAAGAACAACAAUUCACUUACGUGGAACAAGAGCCAGUCCAAUCAAAGACACGAGGCGUGGGAGACUUUGCGUCGUAUGGAAGUAGCCCGGCUUCCGGUCCUUCUCCACAACCCCCUAGUUCUCAGGUCCCCCAGGGACUAGUGCAAGUCGCGAACUUUCCUUCUUCUCCGUCACCCGCAAGCCCCGGGGGCACGUUUCGUCAACCCUUGAACUUCCAGUCAGCAGCACCCAAGGGUUGGGCACCCGUCACACCCCCGGCUACAUCACCCUUGCCAAUCCGUAACCAGCAGCCACCAAUUUGGCAAUCACAGCCGGUCCAGGCACCGUGGCAACAACCUGUUACUCCUCAACAGCAAAACCAGAUUCCGAGUCAGGGCGUGCGGGUUCUUCCUUCACAACCACCCCCGCAGAGUCAAUUCUCACCGGCACCUGCACGCUCCACCUUCUCACCACCACCAUCUACUAUAACACUCAGACCUGAGCCACCAAUUUCUCAGAUACCAGCUCCGGUCUAUCAAGCACAACCGGCAGCGACGAAAGGAACGGUUCACGGAAACAUGAGGGGUGACCAGAAGUGGCCUCCAGAGUCGGUCAAGGCUCAGACGGAGGCGGAAAACAGGGCGAGACUCGAACUUGCAAAGGGCCCAGCGGUGAGGCCGCGUCGUGUCAACAAGGACUACAGCCGUUUCUUCGCCCAACACGCCUUGAACAGCACGUAUCCCGGGUACCGGGCACCCCCGGGAACCCAGUACUUUGCCCCCGGAUACCAGCACUAGUUCUCACCGCGACGAUCGAAAUUCUGCGAGAAUCUUCCCCACCUUCCUGGCCUCCCCCUUUAAUUUCCUUCGCGUUUCCGCGAUAUCCGACCCCCGAAUUACCUCCGACUCCGAAACGUGCAGCAAAUUUCACGCGAUCAUACCGUGAAAGUAU